CUUUUAUUUUUUAUAAUUUUGAAAUGAGAAACUCUUUCUCUUCUCAUGAGCCUAUGUUGGCAAGUGCUGAAGAAGGCCAAACAAAGAAACCCAAUUACAGUUUUGACCGUGUCUUCGCAAAAAGAUUUUUUCGUUUAUUAAAAGUCUUGUUUAGCUCAAAUAGGCCAAAUAAAGUUUGGUCAACAUCAAAAGAAGCACGCAAAUAUAGUAUAUUUUGGCUAUAUAUGACUUUUAUUGUAUUGGGUGUGAGUUAUGAAGCCUUGGCCUACUUUGUUGGUAUGACACCAAGCCGAUUUUACACCAUUUUGACCUCAAGGGAUAGCGUUGGCUUCAGGAACUUUAUCGUGCCAUGUUUGUUAUUGGUGUUUAGUACCGCUACAUGCAAAAGUCUUUUAAAUUUUAUGGGUGGUUUAUUUGCCAUCAAAGCACGACGAUUAUUAACUACCCACUUACAAGAGCGUUACAUCAAACCAAAAUCAAUGUAUACCCUUGUUAUGAAUCAUGAGCACAUUGAUAACCCUGACCAGCGGAUUACACAAGAUGUUGACAAAUUUUCAGAAACUUUACGCGAAAUCGUAACUAAAUUGAUUAUUGCUCCUAUCAUGGUAGUUUAUUAUACCUACAAGUGUUGGAUUGUCUCUGGUUUUGCGGGUCCUCUUUUUAUUUUUGGAUAUUUUGUUAUCGGUUCAUUUAUAUCCAAGAUCUUUAUUCAACCCAUCGUCAAUGCUGUCUUUUUUAAAGAGCUCCAAGAGGGUAACUUCCGUUAUCUACAUGUCCGUCUUCGCCAGUAUGCAGAAUCAAUUGCUUUUUGUGAUGGCGAAGUGGAAGAAAAGCACAGGGCAGGGAAAAGCUUGGAUACCCUGCUAACAUAUCAACGCAACAUUGUAAACAAGGAACUUCCACUUAAAUUGACCAAUGAAAGUUUUUCUUAUCUUGGUGCAAUUCUUAGUUACAUUAUUAUUGCCAUUCCCAUUUUUACUGGUAUUUUAGACGACAAAGACGCAAGUGAGCUUAGUGCUAUUAUCAGUGCCAACUCAUUUGUAGCCAUGUAUUUAAUUUAUUUAUUCUCCACCAUCAUUGAGGAAUCCAGCAAAUUAUCGGAUCUUGCGGGUUAUACUGCUCGUAUUGGCGAGUUUUUGGAAGCUUUGGAUCGAGUAGCUGAUGAUAUCAAAGUCAUGGAAAUCGAUCAUCCCCAUCACUUCCAAGAUGACCAGACGAAUGCUAUCGAAUUUGAAGAUGUCACUCUGUUUUCUCCUCGCUCAAAAUUGAUUGUGAGUGACUUGAACUUGAAGAUCAGUCAAGGAAAUCAUGUUGCUUUUGUUGGUCCUAAUGGCAGUGGAAAAACCUCCGUUCUUCGUGCUUUGGCUGGAUUAUGGCCUUGUACGGAAGGAACAAUCCGUAUACCAAAAGUCAGAUUAGGAAAAGAUCUAAUUUUUCUGCCACAAUUACCUUAUUUGAUUGACGGCUCGUUAAGAGAGCAAAUCGUAUAUCCCAACACCACUCCAGCAAUCAAAAAUCAUGUUCUAGUUACCGAUCAAGAUAUUAUUCAGCUUUUAGAAAAAGUGCGUCUCAGCCAUCUCUCUGGCCUAAUUCAAUCUUAUGAUACAAGUUACAGUCAAGAAUGGAACAAAUUUUUGUCUCCUGGUGAGCAACAACGUCUUGUGUUUGCACGUAUUCUUUAUUGGAAACCUCGGUUUGCCGUGUUAGAUGAAGCAACUAGCUCGAUGGACGAAGAGACCGAAGAGUAUUUAUACAGAACUUUAAUUGAUCUUGGUAUUACUGUAAUUAGUAUAAGCCAUCGUUCUAGUAUUAUCGAGCUGCACGAUACACUCGUGCGAUUAGAUGGAGAAGGUGGCUACACUAUAGAAGAAGAAAAUACCAUGCAAUCAUCACUAGUAGCCAUAUAA